ACAGUGUGACGAUUGUGUGUGUCAGAUUAAGGUGAGUUGGGCCCAGAACACAAAGAGCGAGUGAGAGAAGAGUCACGCGAACACAGCCAGCAGAAUGAACUUUGAACAGUGUGUCUAUGAUGACAUGACUGAUAAACACACAUUACAGUGGGAUGGAGGGGAAAGAUAAACCUCAGGCCAUGUAGACUUCAUUUCGACAGUAUCCUCGAGGAAGCCUGCUGCUCUUCUUCCUCUUCUUCUUUUGUUUGAUUAUAUUGCAAAGACUGGAUUACCAUCUCUCAAGACCAUGACUAUCGGCAAGAGCUCCAAAAAGAACAAGGCCCCUCGUUCUCCUCCUUUCCUGGACAAGGCUAAUGGAUUCUAUGGGCGCUUGGAUGAGAUGUUUGGAGACGAUGUGCAGAUGGAGGGAGAACCCACACCCACAGAAGAGCAGAUAGGAGCCUUGAACAGAAGCAGCCAAGACAAUGGGACAGUUCCAGGCUGGAUUGAAGAGGAUGACCAUGUGGUUGAUUUUAACCAGGGUAUGAUGGAUGAUGAUGGGACCACUUUACUGAAGAGAAAGCCCAGUAGACUAAGUCGCCGCUGGAGCAGGAUGAGCUCCAGGAAGGCAAAAUAUGACAAAUUUACAUCAGACAAACAACUGGGUAAUGAGACCAACAAAUCCACCUCUGUAGAUCUAAACCCAGAGGUGCCACCAGCAACCCAAACCCUGGAAAACAGCGGAGAAACAGAUUCAACAAUGGUCCAUUUCUCCAUAAGGGAACAUGCUGAUGACCAGAUUCUAAUAUCAGGGAAGAAGGAAGGAGAAGGGGAAAUGGAAGACACAAGAAAAGAGAAGAAGACAGAAGGCAAAUUGAAAGGAGAGGCAAUGGAAAUUGUAAAGAGGAACACUCUCAAGAAUUAUCACAAGGCCAUGGACAGAGCUUUCCGUCGAGGAUGGGAGACUUUCGUUGCCAAUCUGUACAGUGUGACGCUGACCCCUAUCUCAUCAACCUCUUCUUCAUCAACACCAGCAGACACAACUGAAUUGAACAGGAAUCGUGUUUUAGCAGAAUUCAGUUGAACAGAGUGACUUGUAUUUUCUUUCAAAUUGAUGAGUAAUUUCAUUUAUUAAUUGAAAUGUGCUCAAAUAUUUAAUAUGCAUUGUUGUUCUUUGCAUAAAACUGAUCAUUAUGUAACCUGACAUGAGAGGUCAAUAUUUGAACUUUUUAUCAGUGUAUGAAUUUGUUAUCACAGCACUAACUAAUGAGGCGUGUACCUGAUCUUUGUUCCCUUGUUAGGAAACAUGAUGCCUAUACUAUUAUUAUCCAUGGAAAGUUGUUUUCUGUGUGUGUGUUUGUGUUUGUGUGUGGAUGCAAUAACAUUUUGGAGCUGUGAACAGAAACAGAGUUCAUGUACUUUGGCCAUGAAAAUGUAUUCUUCAAGGCUAUGUACCAAAGGGUUAACUCUUAAAACUAAUCUGGGAGCUCAAAGAUAAAAAAGAAAGCCAUCAACAGGUACAACAUCACUGGCAGUGAAGUAUAUAAAUAACUGAGCUAAGAGAUGGAUUUUGUGUUCUGUAUAUGUAUUUAUCUUCUGUAUCUUACCUACAUAACCCAGUUUCCUAAUGUCACAUAGGCCUAAGUGAAAUUAGUUUUUGUUUGGUAAUGUCUUGUUUUAUUUGCAUAGUGACAUCACAUCAAUGCUAAUAAAAAAGGAAAAGUUAAAAAAAA